AAUUGCUCUUCUUCCUCCACCAAAAGUGAAAUGAGAAGAAAUUGCACUUUUCCUCCCAACUUUCCCCAGCUUUCCCGUCUUCUCUAAUCGACUACCACGCCAAUUCCUGCCUCUUGGGUUCAUCGUCAGGAGAUCAGCAACUUUAAUUAAUCUACUGAUUUUUGCUCGGGUGGGGAACGAUGCCGGAGCACUCAGAGAACGCAGCGGAGAACAUGGUAAGCGGCAUCAUGGACGCCAUCGCCGACAAGCUCCCCAAGCAGAAGUCGGUGAGGUUCAGUGAAGAGGGCUCCAUCUCCAGCCAGGCCAAGAAGCUGUUCGGCGGCGACAAGUCCGUCCACCACAUCCUCGGUGGCGGAAAAUCCGCCGACGUGUUGCUGUGGAGGAACAAGAAGAUAUCUUCAAGCGUUCUUGGUGGCGCAACAGCUGCCUGGGUGUUCUUCGAAUGGCUUGACUACCAUUUCCUGACGAUUAUAUCGUUUGUGCUUGUUCUUGGCAUGGCUAUUCAGUUUGGAUGGUCCAGCUUCGCAGGCAUGCUCAAUGGGUCUCCUUCCAACGUUCCACGAGUGGAGUUACCGGAGGAGGUGUUUGCGAACAUUGGUGCCGCCGUUGGCGCCCAGGUGAACAAGUUCUUGGGUGGCCUUCAGGAUAUAUCCUGCGGAAGAGAUCUGAAGCAGUUCCUCAUGGUGAUUGCCGGGUUCGUCGUCGCCUCUUUCAUCGGGAGCUGGUUCAAUCUCAUAAGUGUCAUCUACAUCGGUUUUGUGAGUGCACACACUCUACCGGUGAUCUACGAGAAGUACCAUGAUCAAAUCGACGAGAUGCUUUACAACAUGCUUGGCCUGCUCGGGAGCCAGUACCAGAAGCUCGACAAGGGCGUCCUGAGCAAGAUACCAAAAGGGAGCCUCAAGUUCAAGAAGAGCCAGUAGCUUUGAUUCCAAGCUGUGUAAUUGGCAUGAACAAAGAUGAUGUCGAUACUAAGAUUGUGUACAGCGGAGAUUACCUUUUAAUUUCCCCUGCAAAGGAGAGGAAGAACAGCUGUUAAUUUAUUUUUAGAUCCAUGGUACCGAAGAACAUAUUUUGUGCUGUCUUUUAGCUACACGAUGGAAUGAAAAGGGUGGAUGGUGUGGUAGA